GACGAUAAGACAUGAGUCCAACGUGUCCUCUGGUCUGUUAACGAUGACCUCGUUGCAGCUCUCCCAUCAUGCUUUGCUCCGCUUGUUUGUGUCUUUCAGACCUGGUGGCCGUCCUGUCCCCCAAAGGUCCUCUGAGGAUGCUGGUGGAGACGGCGCAGGAACGCAACGAGCCCAUCUUCCCCGCCCUCAUCUACUCCUCUGCCAUGGUGUGGACGGUGGGGACGGUGGCGAUGGCGAGCCCGGAAGACGCUCAGCGCUCGGGACAGGAGACAGACGAGGAGGCGGAGCAGAGCAGCAGGGGGGCGGAGCCUGAGAGACGACAGUCACGCCCGUUUCCAGAGGACGACCUCGAGGAGGACCGCGGCGUGAAGCUCGGACUCGGCGAUUUCAUCUUCUACAGCGUCCUGGUGGGAAAAGCCGCGGCGACGGGCGGAGACUGGAACACCACGCUCGCCUGCUUCGUCGCCAUCCUCAUCGGCCUGUGUCUGACGCUGCUGCUGCUGGCGAUCUUUAAGAAGGCGUUGCCGGCGUUACCGAUCUCCAUCACCUUCGGACUCGUCUUCUACUUCUCCACCGACUUCCUGGUCCAGCCGUUCAUGGACAACCUGGCGUCUCACCAGUUCUACAUCUGAGAGGAAGCCCCGCCCACCCCGCCUGUCCUCCCGUCGCCCUCGCCCUCGUCAUUCUGCGGGCCGCCGCCUUCUGAUGAUGUAACGCACAAAGACUUCUUCCCUCUGCCACAGGAAGUGAUGUCACGCGGACAGAGGAAGCUGCUCAGGUGCGUCUCCGCUCACCUGCCGACGGACGGCUCGACGCUCGCCGUGACGUCAGAGCAGAACGCACCGCGGCGGCCUGUGAUAGGACGUUCGCUCUGAGGUCGUUAGUGACCUCAUCUGUUCCAUUUCCUGUUCGGUCUUUUAACUUCCUGCUGACUUAAGUAAACGCAGGCGAAAGCUCUCUCCUGAUUGGUUCGUUGACACAAACCGGCUGACUCUGAUUGGCUUCUGGGAAACUGAUUCAUCUCAUUAUCACAAUUAGGAAAAAUGGUGCCGUGAUGAUGCGUUAAACACGCAGCAGAGGAAGAUCGAUGUACGGAGGACCAAAUCUGCCAAAAUAAAUGCGACUCAAUGAAUACAUAUUUAUUAAAUUUAGAAAUUAAAGUCUCAAUAAUCUGUCAUAUAUGCAGCUUUAUUUUGAAAAUAAAUAUGCACAGAAAUAGAAAAAUAAAGAAACUAUUUAUUUGACAAAUCAUUUAUUUCUGUAUUUAUUUAUUCGUUUAUUUUCGGGUAUGACAGAUGUUAGUAACGCACCACGAGAUUUCUCAUGUUGACACAUAAAGCCAAUGAAAUAUCAAAGUGAAUAAAAGAAGAAAUAAUUUGGGAAAUUAAUACAAGUAGAAAUAAAUGUAGACAGAAGAAUUAAUUAAGAAAUAAAUACAAU